AUGGCCCCCUUCCGGCCCAUUCUCGUGACCUUUGGUCUCAUCGCCAGCGCCCUAGCACAAGCUUGUUGGCGCAACGCGACCUGCACCCACCCGACAGAAGCGUCGUUCCCCGGCCCCUGGGACGAGAACAUCUACGCGCCAGACUCCCGCACCGCGCGUCCCAGAUCCGUCCUCAACGCCACGGCCACCGGCGACUGGGCGCGGUACGUCAACGCGCCCAAUGGCAGCGCCCCCAACAUGCUCCUCUACCGCACCCUCAUCACGGGUGCGUUCCUCGCGGAUCUCGCCCCAGCGGACGGCGGCGAUGACGCCUCCUCCGGUGCGACUGCGGGGGCGAACCUCACAGAAUCCUGGCUCGCGCGUGCGGAGACCCUGAGGGUCGCCAUCCGAACCCACUUCUGGGACGCGUCCAAGGGCGCCUUCAUCGACGGCCACAGGAACCGCACGCUCUUUCCGCAGGAUAGCAACAGCUACGCCGUCGCCUUCGGUGUGGUGGACCCGGCGGGCCCCGAGGCAGCCUCUAUCUCCCGCGCGUUGGCGGAGAACUGGACGCCCAUCGGCCCGGCCUCACCAGAGCUGCCCGGUAACGUUUCGCCCUUCAUCUCUAGCGUCGAGCUCGAGGCACACUUCGCCGUCGGCCGCGCCGACAGGGCGCUGCGGCUGGUGCGCGAUAGCUGGGGGUGGUACCUCAACCAUCCCAACGGCACAGGGUCAACCGUCAUUGAGGGGUACCUCACGGACGGCACGUUCGGGUAUCGCAGCGCGCGCGGGUACACGGACGACCCAAGCUACGUGAGCCACGCGCACGGGUGGAGCAGUGGACCGACGAGCACGCUGACCGAGUACCUCGUCGGGCUGCGGGUGACGCGGCCGGCCGGCGCGGAGUGGAGCCUGAAGCCCGCGUUCGGUGAGGUGUCGGAGGCGCAGGCCGGGUUCACGACGGCUCUGGGGCGGUUCAGCGCCAGGUGGGCGGUCGAGGGGGACUUCGCGGUGGUGAAAUGGGAUGUGCCCACGGACACGAGGGGGUGGUUGGGACUCGGCAGCGAGGAGGGGAGGUGGGUGGACGGCGGCAAGGGGGGGGGCGAGGGUCAGGAAACAUAUAGGGCCCUUCUUUAUCUGGACCUCAAGUCGUUGACAUGCAUCAGAUGGCAACGCUGCCACCAGGAUUCGGCCAAUGUUUCGCACGGCUGCAAGCCCUCGUGUCAGCCCCCACGAACUCUAAGAAAGUCUCCGUCGGGCGUCGGCUCUGGUUGCCUGAUGCAGGUAGGUUUUGGCGAGAGACUGAAAGGAAAGUAG